AUGCAGCAGCAGCAGGAACAGCAACAGCCGCAGCAGCAGCAGCAGCAACGGCAGCAGGAGCAGCAGCAGUUGCAGCAAAUUCUACACCGCGUUUCACAGGCCCCUGUGCUGGCUAACCUACGCAAGGCAGCAGCAGCUGCCGCAGCAACCAACCCUAAAGCAGCAAGAGAAAUACAAUCGGUAUUCAAGCGGAAGCAGCAGCAGCUGCUGCAGCAGCAGGUGCAGCACCUCAUCGACAGCAGACAGCAGCAAAACUGCAGCUUCAUUAAAGAGGCAGCAGCGGCAAAUGCAGAAGCAGCAGGAACAACUGCAGCAGCAGCAGCAGCAACCAGACAGGCAGACAACAGAUAUAGCCCCCGUAGGGGCGUUUCUACUGCGCAGUAA